AAUAAAGAGGAAUGACAACUACUAUGAGGAGUUUGAGACUCCAAAUAUAUGAAACACAUACACAUAUGCAACCACACGAAAGGGGGGGUUUUGAUGAGAAUAAAAAGAUUGCUUGGGUUAAUUGGGGUAAGGUCUCUCUAGCUAAAACUAAGGGAGGUCUCGGUAUCCCAAACCUAUCCAUUAGGAACAUCGCCCUCUUAGGAAAAUGGUGGAACAAAUUCUACGAUGAUGCUGAAAAUGAGAAACUAUGGACAAAGAUUGUUGUUAGUAAAUACUAUGCUGGCUCUACAUGUAAUUUUAUCCACAACACUACAUCCUCAAGAUUAUCUUCUUUUUGGAAGGACAUUUUAUCUAUUGACAGGGUAUGUGAUAGAACCGUCAUGAGCUUUUCAAAUGGUUUCACACAUCAACUGGGUGAUGGCUCAAAAACUAGCUUCUGGAAGGAUAUUUGGUUGGGAAGCUCUCCUCUAAAGCUUGAAUUUCCUCGACUAUUCAACCUCACUUUGGACAAGGAAUCGACAGUUGCUAAUUUGAAACCAACCAAUAGCGAGAGCUGGAAUCUCCAAUGGCGUAGAUCCCCUUUUGGAAGAGAGCUGGAUGAACUCAAGAUAUUGGAGGACACUUUGCGAAGUGCUACUGUAUCCGAAGGCAAAGCAGAUAGAAAAAUUUGGAAGCACUGUCCCUCAAGAUAUUCUGCAAAAAUGGCAUACUUGUUUCUUGAUGUCUCUCCUUCCUGCCUUGAUGAGAACAUUUGCAAAUUGAUAUGGAAUCAACUGAUGCCAGCUAAAGUUAGUGUCUUCACCUGGCGCCUCUGCUUAAAUCGCCUCCCUACCAAGGACAACCUCAUACAGCGUGGUGUUGAUUUAGUAUCAAACCCAUCAUGUGUCCUAUGUGGAAGCACCGAUUACGUCGAUUAAAUUAUGCAAAGGAGCAAAGUAAGCUUGAUUAAGUACGCCUGACAAUAAAUUUUGAGUCAACAG